CCAGCCUCAGUCACAACAGUCGGAACUUCAAAGGCGGCCAGCGGCCGGGGGCUGUCGGAGAGAAGUGUGAAUGACAGGAAGGAGGACGCAGGCAGGGGGCAAUGAGAGGAGCUGAGAGUGUGACACAAGGGCAGUAGAUGGAGACAAAGUUUGGAGGCAGAAUAAAGAGAAAGUGACAAACAGAGCAGGGAGAGAUACAGCUUUAUAAAAUCUGUAGAGGAGGGCAGGCAGACAGGAACACGCGUUCCCGGACACAACAUUCUUCUCCCCCUCGGAGCAUGGUGGCAGAGCGCACAUGGAUUUAGUCGACCUCUACCUCCCAGAGUGCUUCACCUACCACUCUGAGACAGAACAUCUCGACAGGAUGUCAGUGAGGGGCUUAGACCCCGCCUGUCCUUCCACGAUAAAGCGUGAGCCCUCCAGCCCCAGCCCCAGCUCUCAGGGCGACGUCAGCCCGGCCCAGCCCAGCCCCGGAAGCUCGUCCUCGGACACGAACUCCAGCUACGGGCCCCUGAUCAAAGGCCACAACCACAGCAAUGGGCUGGACUCGCCGGGCCUCUACGGUCAUGCGGCGGGGUUGGCCAACAACGUCGGAACUAACAGGAGGUUUGUGGAGGAGGAAAGUCCAGUGAAGUGUGAAUUUAUGCUGGGCACGGUGGCCAAGCGGCUGUGUCUGGUGUGCGGCGACGUGGCCUCGGGCUACCACUACGGCGUGGCCUCCUGUGAGGCCUGCAAGGCCUUCUUCAAGAGAACCAUCCAGGGUAACAUUGAAUACAGCUGCCCGGCGUCCAAUGAAUGUGAAAUCACCAAGCGAAGGAGGAAAUCCUGCCAGGCCUGUCGAUUUGUGAAAUGUCUGGCUGUGGGCAUGUUGAGAGAAGGUGUGCGUCUGGACCGGGUUCGAGGCGGCAGACAGAAGUACAAGAGGAGAAUAGACGCCGAGAACAGCCCGUAUCUGCACCCACAGAAUGCCUUGCCUCAGAAAAGAACAUUCACUGUUGGCGGCGUGGUGGAAAACAAGGUGGUGUCUCUGCUGCUGGUGGCCGAGCCAGAGGGCAUCUUCGCCAUGCCGGACCCCACUGUACCUGAGAGCGACAUCAAGGCUCUGACCACGCUGUGUGACCUGGCUGACAGGGAGCUGGUGGUCAACAUCGGCUGGGCCAAACACAUCCCAGGCUUCCCCUCCCUCUCUCUGGCUGACCAGAUGAGUUUACUGCAGAGCGGCUGGAUGGAGAUUUUGAUUCUCCGGGUGGUGUUUCGCUCGCUGGCCCUGGAGGAUAAGCUGGUGUACGCCGAGGACUACGUCAUGGACGAGGAGCAGUCGAAGCUGGCCGGGCUGCUUGACCUCAACAACGCCAUCCUGCAGCUGGUGAAGAAGUAUAAAACCAUGGGGCUGGAGAAGGAGGAGUUCGUGGUCCUGAAGGCUAUUGCGCUUGCUAACUCAGACUCCAUGCAAAUUGAGGACUCAGAGGCAGUUCAGAGACUCCAGGACGUCCUCCACGGUGCCCUGCAGGACUACGAGGUCACCCACCACCCAGAGGACCCCAGGAGGGCCGGCAAACUGAUCAUGACCCUGCCUCUCCUCCGUCAGACGGCCGCUCGCGCCGUCCAGCACUUCUGCAGCAUCAAACAGGACGGCCGCGUGCCCAUGCACAAACUGUUCCUCGAACUGCUGGAGGCCAAGGCCUGACCCGAACACAGACAGCCACCAGCUUCGUCCCGACCCCCAAAACCGGGGUCGGGACGACCGGAAGUGAAGGAUAACGGGUAAUGGUGUGGUUUGACACUAUGUAUUUGUCCAUCUCAGCUUUGACGGUAAACUUUUGAAUCUGCAGGCGCUCUGUAGGGAAGCAGCUGGAACAUUUUUAGAGCAAGACCCUUCCGACUCCCAAUGAAAGUUUGAACGGAAGCGAAUGCGGCGGGUUUAAUUUGCAUUUAGCAUCUUAGACGGCUGUGACACUCCUCUAAGUGUGUUGACCCGAUUCAAAGGUUGAAGACGGACGGACAAGCAGCAUACGAGCAGAAGAAAUCGCCUUCUAGAGUUAUUUACAGUUACAUGCCAAAAGUAGAGCUCCUUUUGUCAAAAGACCACCUGAUACUUGAAGAUCCUCGUGGAUUAUUUCGUCCAUCUUGAAGCCUGUUAAUCUGCAUUCUAGUGCAUUUAGAGAGCCUUUAAAUGAUUUGAUUUUCUUUGUCCUUUUUGUAUAGAGAAGGUAAAUGUCUCCUAACAGGUAAGUCUUGCCAAAGAGUAAAGACUCAUAUUAAUGAAUAAUACCAGCAUAGGUCCACAAUAAUAUAAUGUGGCCUGUAAAACAUUCACAUAAACCUGCAUCUCUGCUGUGUUGUGUAUCGCAAAAGUAUCUAUCCACUUCAUUCAUAUAUAGACGAUUAAAGGGAAGCAAGUGAGCAGUCGGAGUCUCAUAAAACAAUAAUCGGCCUCCUGAUCUUUGAAGAACAUUUCAGGGAAAGAGUACCUGAUGUCAUGGUACAGGUGUACGACAGCAAAGUGAUAUUUAUUUCAAAGUGUCUCUGUUCGUUUGCUGUUUUUUUUAUUUACUAAUGUGGCAUUAAUGAAGAGUAGAUUAAGGCAAUUACAGUGGGUAAUAAUUUUUUAAAAGAUUUUUAAAUGAUACCAUUGUAAGAUAAUUUUUUACUAGCUUCUCUGCUACAGCACUGACACAUACCACGCAUACCAUAUCAUGACAUUCAAGGCAACGUGAUUAGAAUUGGAGUACAUACUUGAAGCUCAUAUGUCGUAGAGUUGUUGUAGACCCAUAGAUAUAACUUUAACUAUGUAAAACGGCUGCCAUACUGUAUAAUCUGGAUAAGGGAGGCAUUUGAUGUCCUUUCAAUGGUAGAAGUCUAUGUGUAGGAUGAAAUUUGUGCACUACUUUUCCUUUUAGCCAAAAAGUUUGGGGAAACCGGUGAUGGAGGCUCUGUUAAUCUGUUAGUGUGUUUUGUGUGAAGAGUAAUUAUAUCUGAAAUUUGUCUUUUUCCGCACACGUCAAAUGAAGGGAUUAAACUCUGAAGGAAUCUCAGUACAGUGAAUAAAAUGCCCACGUCUCGCUCCUUAUUUCACUCAAGGUAACGUGACACUAUAACGUGCAUAUUUUUGUGACAAGAUGAUGGCAGCCAUAUGCCGGUUUAAAUGUAUGUACUGUACGUUUUUGCUGUAUAUACUGUACGUCAUGUCUUACGCCAACAGAGAUGUUUAAAGAUGCAAAUAAGCUUUGUUUGGAUGAGCUGUGCCGUGCUAUUUCAUUCUCAGGUGGAUUCUUGGGCAAUAAAGAUCAUCC